AUGGCUGGUGUAAAGAACAUCGUUGUCAGCGAGAGCGAGGACGACGACGGGACGCCUCCGCCCCCGUCCUCACCCAUAGUGUCGCGAGCCAUGCGACAGCCAAUCAAUCGGUCUCAGAAGGCUGCAAGUUCUGACGAGGAGGAGCCGUCCAAGCUCGUCUCGAAGCCUGCGGAUGUAGACGAUGUCAUCGAAUGGAGCGACUCUGACCGUGGUCAAGGGCGUCGUCGGAACAAAGCUCGUCGUACCUUCUCACCCGACCAAGGCCACGCACUACAGGGAAUUGCUGAAAGGGGGCAACAAUCGCAUCGCAGCACCCCCAAACCAGCCAAUAAGUCCAGGGGUGAACCGGACUUUGAAUAUGUCAUGGGUAGUGACGACGAAGAUGCGCCUACGAUGAGCGUGAAAGGAAAGGGGAAGUUCAGACCAUCCGAACCUGCCGCUCCGUACGUUACUCGGUCCGGUAGGCGUAGCGGCAAGCAGCCGCGCGUGGCGUCCCCUAUAAUGUACGAGGACCUUGAUGGCCUUGAUGAGGAUCGCGAUAAUCGUCUUGACACACGUGAAGACGACGAGCUUGAUCGUCACGGGAACCUCGCCAGUUUUAUAGACGACGACGAAGAACACGCGGAGGAUGCCGGCGACGUCGACUAUGUUGCGUCGAGGUCUAGAUCGACCACAAUGUCAAGCCCCGGUAAAGGCACGCCGCGCCAGCAGGAUUCUGGUGUGCGGUUCAAGACGCCUCCGCCGAACGCUUCACGUUCCAUGCAAUCUGUACCAAUGACACCCAGGCGUAAAGUCGGAAAUUAUGUACCCCGACCCACGUCUGACGUGGUGGCAUCCGCAUCAACUUCGUCCCCAGGCAAGCGGCAAGGAACAUCAUCGCCGUCUAAGAGAGAUCAUUCUGAGGAUUUAUCUUCUCGCCGCGUCAAAGUCAAAGUCGAGAAGGACGACGUACAAACCAUCGCUCAGUCUCCACGUCGUCUGAACGAUCAUUCCGAAACAGUUCUUCCGGUGGCGCCUGAAGCUUCCGCUGGACCCGUUGCCCUGAUCGCGAACGCGGACAUGGCCAAACCUACCGUCGACUCCGGUGCCUGCCUCAUAACCGACCUGGCUCUCUUCGAAGAGUCUUUACACGCUCAUGUCAUUCAAUACCCCGCAUUCUUGUCGCAAGGGACCCUCAUCACAGGUGCCGGUACAAUGGGAACGCAGAUCGGGGAUAUUGCGUGGUUAGCGGAAGCACCCGAAGGUGACGACACUCCCAAGUUCAAUACUGGGAACAUCCACUUCAAGCGGCUCAUCGAGACUAUAUGUUUUACCGACGCCGCGGAACGCUACGUGAUGAACCCAGGUGCUUGUGACAGUGAUCGGUACGGCCUCAUUACAAGGACGACUGGGCAAGGCUACACACUGCACACGUUGUCUCUGGGAGACAAAGCAGUUGACAUGGUCUACUUCGGCUUUGUUUGUCGCGACGGCUCUGCUUUGAAUACCCCCAUUCCCGUCAACGGCAAAGGCGGGCCGAAAUCUAUUACCGGGCUAUUCAUUCAUCCACUGAAUGGGUUUUGCCAGCGCAUCUGCGCGUUCCUGUAUCAGGUUUUCUCAAAGAAAGCCACGACCCCGAAGUUGUCUACGCGGAACGGCCAGUGGCAAUCGAGCACUAUACCGGGCGAAUUCAAGACUCCUAGACAGUCGUUUCAUUCUGGUGGGUUUGCUGUCCGGAGGGACAAUCGAGAAGCAGGCGCGGCCGACGCCAACGUACACCCUGCUCUAGCACGCGUAUCUAAAAGCGCAGCUCAAGAAGUUCCCGUAUUUGACAGUCGCCGUCACUUCAUCAAGUCCUCCGUCCCGAAGAAAUGGCGCGACGGCUUCUCUGUAGAUGCAAUUCUGACACAGGCUGGCUCAAAGCCUGACCCUCGCUGGACACGUCCUGAGAUUCCGGAUUACACGCUUGUAGCUGUGCACAACAUCGUGAGCAUGAAUGACCGGAGCUAUGUCAGCUUCAACAUCACAGGAAUCCAGGUAUUAGUUGCUCCGGAAGGUGUUCCUUAG